AUGAAGUCCUUUGUAUUGUUGUCGGCCCUUUGUGGCUUGGGGUCUGCCCACUUCCUCCUCAACUACCCCGAAUCCCUCGGUUUUGAAGACAAGAACGAAGAUCAGGGUCCCUGUGGCGGGUUUAAAGCGGAUUUUUCCAAGCGCUUGCAAGACUUUCACGUAGAUGGUGAUGCCAUCGCCGUGAAGCUCACCCAUGCCCAAGGCAAUUGGCUCUUCCGCGUCACCACUGAUGAGAAGGCCGAGUCUGGCUGGGAACAGACCUCCCCCAUUGUGCAGCAGAGCGGGUUAGGCGACUUUUGCAAGCCUGACGUCGUGGUGCCGGCCAAGUACGCCGGCAAGAAGGGCAUUCUCAGUGUCGUUUCGUCUGCGACAGAUGGUCUCCUGUUCCAGUGCGCUGCCCUCAACUUUGUCCAAGGCAAGGGUGACAAACCGUCGGCCUGCAGGAAUUCGUCAAGCGUCAAGGUCUCCUUCACCGAUGAUGCCAAGCUCACUGCGCUCGUGGGCAAUAGCUCAUCAGGUACGGCUACAUCCGCAUCGGGUUCUGGAUCGCAGACUUCGGCCUCCUCGACGGCUACACACACUGGAGCUGCAUCGUCGCUUCGUAGUUGGUACACCACCGGCGCAGGAUGGGGUGGUGCGUUGGCUGUGCUGAGCCUGGCAAUGCUUGGCGGAGCCUUGAUGAUUUAA